UGAGAGAUUGCCGCAAUAUUGAGAUACUGAAGUGACUAGGCCUAACUAGGUGUCGAUACCAGAUGCCCAACAAAAAUUUGCAAUGGGUUUUGAAAAACACAAAGAUGACAAAAGAUGGAAAAGGUGCAGCUACCAUUCGUAGGCGUAAAAUGAAACAUGCACCAGAAGAACUUGACCAGGCUAGGAACAGUACAAAGGUUAAUGCCGCCAACCUCCCUGAAGAUGAGACGAUUUACAACAAAGAAGAAGAGGAGGGUUAUUUAUUUGAUGAUGAAAUUUUAGGCCCAUCAAUCAUUAAGAUGAUCAUGUCAUCAGAGAAAAAGCUGUUCAGUGGCCUGAUAGCCCUACGAAUUGUAAAUGCUCUCUUUAUCCAGACAUCUUAUGUACCAGAUGAGUACUGGCAGUCCUUAGAAGUUUCACAUAAUAUGGUAUUCAGUUAUGGAUAUCUGACGUGGGAGUGGAUACAUGGUUUACGAACAUAUCUGUAUCCUUCGAUGUUUGCAGUUUUGUAUAAGUUUCUGGCUCUACUUGGUUUAGACCACAGAUUACUAUUGAUAAAGUUACCUAGGAUCCUACAGGGAGUGAUAGCAGCUUGGGGUGAUUUAUAUCUGUACAAGCUCAGCUGGAAGCUAUCAGACCGAGCUACAGCUCAGUGGACCUUGUUUUGUCAGAUCACCUCCUGGUUUACUCUUUACUGCUGCACCAGAACGCUGACAAACUCCAUGGAAUCUGUGUUGGUUACAGCUGCAUUGUAUUACUUCCCAUGGCCAAAUAUAAGAGAUGGGAAGAAAUCCAGUGCCUGGAAGUUUGUGACUCUGGCUGUCCUGUCAGUGCUGAUAAGACCAACAGCUGCUGUUACCUGGGUACUUAUGUGCUCAUGGCACAUGCAGCUGAAUGUUUCUAAACUGUGGAAAACCAUCAAAGUUUAUCUCCAGUAUGGGUCUGUCCUCCUGCUAGUAAGUAUACUGGUUGACAGGAUUUUCUAUGGUGACUGGAUACUAGUUCAGUACAACUUCCUGGAGUUCAAUGUUCUUCAUGGAGGCUCGGCUUUCUAUGGCAGUCACCCCUGGCACUGGUACAUUACACAGGGCUACCCAGUCAUCAUGGCCACCCAUCUGAUCCCAUUUCUGAUUGGUGGGUGGUAUGCAAAAAACAAAGUGCUGCUGAUGUUGAUCAUAUGGAAUAUAUUUAUUUACAGUUUCCUAGCCCACAAAGAAUUCAGGUUCUUGCUACAAAUUCUACCCAUAUCAAUGCAUUAUUGUGGCGUUUUCUUCCAAACCUUGUGCAAGAAGCCUCGCCUGAAGAAAAAGAAACACAAGGCCACAAAAAAUACUGAAAACAAUGUAAAAUGUGACAGCGGUGAACAGGGUCACACACCAGCUGAAACUCAGGAACCUGGGCCAGAUCAUACAAAGCACUCAGAAAGUACAGAGACUAGAGACAUUCUUGGAAAUGUAGAGAGUACAACAACAAAAUUUCAAACCAGUGAAGAGGAGUCUAAUGUCAACCCUCAGAUUGCUCAGGAAAUGAAGCACAAAAGCAAUCUGAUGAAAGCUUGGAUACUUGUGAUGGUGUUCCUUGUUGUCAAUAUUCCAGCUGCUGUAUAUUUUGGUCUCAUUCACCAAAGAGGGACGGUAGUUGUCAUGAAAUUUCUGUACGAUGAGAGCUUUGAGAAAAAUAUGGAUGUAUUAUUUCUCAUGCCGUGCCACUCAACACCUUAUUACAGUUAUCUACACAGAAAUGUCUCCAUGAGAUUCUUGACUUGUGAACCAAACCUCUCCAAGAAGGAGCACUACAUAGAUGAGGCUGAUGAUUUCUACAAUGAUCCUCUGCACUGGCUGAAGAAAGAAUACCACUUUCAAGGGAAAUCCCCACCUAGUCAUAUUGUGUACUUUGACAGAUUGAAGUUGGACAUUUCACAGUUUCUGACCCAGACAGGGUACAAUCACUGUGGGACUUUUUUCCACACACAUCUCCCGGAUGGGAGGGUAGGGAACACUGUGCUCGUUAGCUGUAGGUGAUAAUGAAUUGAUAUUUAUAUUGAUAUUUUUCUAGUGAUAUUUUUAAAACAAGGUUAUAAAUUAUUUUGGAUGAAUACUGUGAUGUGUUUUACCCACCUGGAAAAGGUGUAUUAAAGGGACUGAUUCAUGAUUUUACCCAAAAUUUUGUUUUUCACUUUUAAUGAUCAAAAUCUACUGUCUAAUGUGUUUGAAAGAUUUCACAUGAUAAUUAAGGUUAUACAUCAUCACAGAAACUCAUUUUAGAGAGUUUAUUAUUUGUUAUGUAAACAAAGAUUACGGUAUGCUAUUGUUACGAAAUUUUCAAAAGAAACGGAUAUCGAUCUAAGUAUUAUUAUAUCUCACAUUUCAAGCAUUUUUGGGGUGAAGUGUGUCAUCUAAAAGUUAGAAUUUGUGACUAUGCAAAAUUAAGAUGCAUUAAAUUACAAAAUCAAUAUUUCACUUGUUUGUUUACAUAAAAAGACUCAAGUCUUUGUUUACAUAACACAUUUAAGGCUAAAAUAUUGCUUUCAUUCUUGCAUUCAGAAGGUCAAAAUUUUGGCAGUCAACAUUAAAUGAGUUAUAUUUCUAAUGUUUACCAUCAAAAAUGAAAAAUAUUUUUAUCAAAAAUCGUGAACCAGUCCCUUUAAACUACAAAUAUGUAUAUCAAGAUAUUUCUAGAAUAGAUAUUGUGCAGGACCAGUGGUAGAUAUGCAUGUGUAUAAAGGUGUAAUCCAAUGUUCUAUAACUCAAAAUUCCCAGUUCUCUUUUGGGGAGAAUCUACAGUUAUAUAAUAUGGUCACUUCAAAUUGACAAAAAUAUACUUUACUUCAACAUCAACAGAAAGGCAGUAUUGGUUCAUCAAAUAUAUCAAAUAGUUGCUGUUUUUAUUAAAGUCCUUUCUAGAUGGAUAAUACAUGUACUCUUUAACAUGAAAGACAAGCACAGAAUACACAUGUAUAUCUAUGCACAUGAAUUUCAAAAUAGAAUUGGGUUAUUUGGGAGGGGGGAUACACUACAUGAAAGUAUUCUUUUGGCAUGACUACAUAUCCAUGGUUUUUACUAACCACUGUGCUACCAAGGUAAGAAAAAAAAAAUUACAAACAUCCUGAACCUCCAUUCAGUAUUACCAGAAUCAUUGUCCAUCAUCCUAGCAUCAGUAUCCAGAUAUGCCUCAAAAUUUAACCACCUGCCUUUCACAGAAGGUCUACUUGAACUGGAAUUUAGAGGUUUCUUGCAGACAAUCUAAUAGGAUGACAACCUAACCUACUGGGGAAGACAAUCUGUAUGUCUGUUAAAGGUUAGUAUACCUAUACAUGGUCCAGCACAAUUGGUAACAAAGACAUUGAACUUCUGGACUAAUCUUAUUCUGGUGUGAAUACAGGACAUUGAAAUAAUGGUGAGGAAUAUUUGGAUCACUUCCAGUGCAAAAAAAAAAGAAGCAAAAAGUAAAAUCUUGAAUAUUUUAGAGUUUACAGUGUAUACAUAAACAUUCAUGUAACCUAACCGAACUGCUGGUGAUUUUUGUUAGUGCUACAGGGUUUGGGGAAACUCUGUUAAAAAACAUUAUUAAAGGUAUACCUAUCCGAUAUAGUUUAUAUUUCUGACAAUUUUGAUUGGUGUGUUAUACCUGCUUAAGAUCUUUAAUGAAUUUUAUUUUUAAUAAGAUUGAAAAACCAAGAUACAAUGAGGUGGUUUUAUGAAGUUAUGUAAUGUUUUGGGUCACUUUAUUUUUUUGUAUAUAUUAGUAUACUAGUACAUAUAUUUGAAAAUAUGUGUUGCAUCGAAACUUUUUCUCUCAAUGAAGGUAGAUUAAUGACAUUGAUUUUUACUAAAAUGUUUGUAUCCCUUUUCAUUUUGUGCCAUUGUUGUCACAUAAGUUUUGCAUCAUUUGGAGCAAUGUUGAGAGCUAUUUUUUGCUGAUAAAUUUCCUAGUACUGCUCUAUACAUGUAUGAAGAUAUCGAAUAUGGAGUUAACACUGGAGUGAUGCACAAUCAAUAUUUUCAUUGUUAUUUUUGUAUUGAUACUUUAGUUUAUUGAUUAACAUUCUCGGAAAUUAGAUACAAAUGUUUAAAUAUGAAUUAGGAUUUGUGUGUAUGAAUGCAUUAUUUUAAUCAAUGACAAACAAGAUGACAUGUAAAUUGAAAGUUUUCAUGAAUAAUAUUUAUGUGAAAAGUUGAUUUAGCAAGGGCAAGUGAAAUGCAUCUUUUCUUAAGUAAAUAAUUUAGUCCUUUCCAAGAGGAGAUGGUCAGAUACCCUAAUUCAGGUCUUGGUUAGGGAGGUUGGAUCAGAUGAAUCCUUUUAAGAAGAAAAUCUAAAUAAUUUGUCUUUUCUGAUAAUCUUUCAAACUGUCAUCAUGAUGAGUAUAAUAUGACAUUUACUCAGUAUUUAAAAUUUUGGAUAAUCUAAAAACCUGCAUAUACUUAAUUAGUUUGUAAACAUUUAUAUACAUGUACUACCCUAUAGAAUUUCAUAUUUAUUGGUAGGACACCUGAAAUCGUAAGAUAAAAUGUCAAAACUAUUCAACUGUUUUCGGAUAAAAAAAUGUAAACGUGCACAUUUUUGUAUCAUUUUCCUCUUCCCAAAUCAAUCUUUGUGAACAAAAUUCAUAUUGUUACAUGUACCACAUAUGCAUUAUCUAAAGAUAUGCCAAAGGUAAAAAUAUCAAUUCACAUUAAAGUUACUCCAUGUUUAUGAAAUAAAGUUCAAUUACAAACAUUUAUUGAAAUUAAGUUUUUGGUUCAAAAUGCUGACAGAGUAUAAAACCUUACAGCUUUUUCAAGAAAGAAUCGCUGCUAAAACAUGUUUCAUAGAAUUUUUCAUUUACAUGUACUGUAUAACUCUUGUGCUAUUAUAUAAUACAUGCACUUGAUAUGCAUUAUAAAUGUGCAAUGAUGUAGCAUUUUGAUAACAUGUUUUGUAUGAAAUGUUUGUUACGUUUGAAUCUUAAUUGCUAAACCACCGGGACAUUUGAACCGCAAAUUCUUUAAUACCUGAUGCAACUUUUGUAUGUACAUGUGUCUAACAAAUAUAUUUGAGGCAUUCGAAAUUAAUUGUUUUUCAUUCUGUUCUGCCUCAAGAUAAAUCUAUGAUCAAGUUGUAUUACGAGUUCCACUGUGUAUGGACCUUGUCUUAGAAAAUGACAAGAUUUGUUUGAAUAAACCAUGAAAAAUACUGUAUACUGGGAAAUUUUUACCGUAAAAUUUUAAAAAAUGGUUUUUACCGAAUUUAAGAUUUGCCAACAAUUCUCUUUUUUUUUUUUUUUUUCAUCUUUAAAAUUAUACAGCUUUUGUUAGCUUGUCCACUUAAUAUAUAUUCACUCACAAAGGGAUAAAGUGAAAUGGAUAGAAAUACAACAUUGGUGAAGUUUUCCUAGUACAGUUGCAUGUAUACAAUACUGGUACCAUUUUAAAAAAAAAUAUAUGUUCAGAUAUUUUUAAAUAUAGAAAAUGCAAAGCAAUGCAAGUAAAUGAUUUUUAUAAAAGUAAUCAGUGUUAAUCAAGACUUAUUUUUGUCAUAUACAGGCAGCCAUUUUCUGUGAUCACAUUGAGCAAAAAACACUGCACAUCAGUGCUUCUCGUAGUUGUGCAAUAUGAAUACAUUACUUGUAGUUGUGCAAUAUAAAUACAUUACUUGUAGUGCAGAAUGAAUAAAAUAGUAUAAAUUUCA